AAAAGAAUAAAAUGUCUAGCACGUUGCAAUUUUCUUUCUAUUAAAAACAUAAGAAAGUAGUACUCUUUCCUUACCACUUCCCCAACUCCAACCCAACAAAAUUCAUUCAUUCAUUCCAUUUUCCCAUAACCAAAUCAAUUUCUCUACCCACCUAAUUAUACAAUUUUCCUUCUCGCUCAAUUCUCGAUUUCUCCGUCGAUUUUGCCUCAAAUUCAUCUACGAAAUCCGUCGGAUCUUGCCUUUGUUCCAAUUCGAGAUGAGCACGGGCGAGCUUCUCAACAUCGAACCUUUAGAGCUCAAAUUUCCAUUUGAGCUUAAGAAGCAGAUCUCGUGUUCUCUUCAAUUGUCUAACAAAACCGAUAACUAUGUCGCUUUCAAGGUCAAAACUACGAAUCCGAAAAAGUAUUGCGUUCGUCCUAAUACUGGCGUAGUAUCUCCUCGAUCAACGUGUGAUGUUAUUGUUACUAUGCAAGCACAAAAGGAGGCACCUCCUGAUAUGCAAUGCAAGGAUAAAUUUCUUCUUCAGAGUGUAAUUGCUAAUGAUGGAGCAACUGUUAAAGAUAUCACUCCCGAAAUGUUUAGCAAGGAGGCUGGACAUGUAGUUGAGGAGUGUAGAUUGAGAGUGGUUUAUGCUUCCCCUCCUCAGCCACCCUCACCUGUUCCAGAAGGCUCUGAAGAAGGUAAUUCGCCUAGGGGUUCUAUUUCAGACAAUGGUCAUUUCAGCACUAUGGAGUCUGCUGCUGCGUCACGAGCAUUUGGUGAAUCCCAAGAGAAACCUACAGAGGCAAAAUCUCUGAUUGCUAAGCUGACUGAGGAGAAAAAUGCUGCGAUCCAUCAAAAUAACAAACUUCGACAAGAAUUGGAACUUUUAAGGCGAGAAGCUAACAAAAGCCAAGGCGGUGUUUCGUUCAUGCUUGUCAUAUUAGUUGGCUUGAUUGGAGUAAUAUUGGGCUAUCUAAUGAAGAAUGCUUGAGGAUGAGGAAGCCAGAAGAAAGGCAGACAUAAAUUUUCCUGUUAAUUUUCUUGUAUUAUUUACAUGGGUAAUUAGAGAAAGAAAGGAUAAGUGAUGGUGCUGGCUGUUGUUUAUGUUGAGGAAAGUGGGAAAGAAUUUUUUAGGUAAUGUUCAUGUGUUUGUAGUUAUCUGAUUGACUAGCAUUUAUGAACUUGUUGAGAUUUUAGUUUAUUUUAUAUUUUUGGGUGUAGACAAUUGAUGUGUCUGAAGCAACGUCAUCCUUCGCUAAUUUAACAAACUUUGUAUUUCCAUUUGUACUCUAUUACUCUCUGUUUUACUCUACAGUAAUCCCUCGUGAUUUUUCCAAUUAUUAGUCCUCUUAUUUAACAAUUUCUCUCUUCCUUUUACUAUGAUAUCUUUUGUCAUACUCUUGUUAAAAGGACGAAGAUCAACCCUAUGAAUGUACUU